CGUUAUUAUGACCAUUUGAGAUCAUAUGAAGGACAUGUCUUUCCCCAAGGAACAAGAAGACAUGCCUGAAGCACAGCUGGGCUCGCAUGUUCCGAAAUUCGGUGACUGGGACAACGACGAUCUAUCGUACACGGCAUACUUCGAAAAUGCUCGAAAAGAGAAAGAUGGCAAAAUAAUGAACCCGAAUGACCCCGAGGAGAAUCCGAAGGCGUUCAUGUACAUGAGAAGAGGCCUGGAAAUCAACCAGGAUUGCCAGCAUGCUGUCGAGUCUAGUAAGUCUGAACAUAAAAAGAAUGCAAGAAGGCAAAGGAAGAAGGGACCGGAAUCCGUCGAAGAAAACAGCUCCGGAUCGGUUCGUACGCUUACACAUUCAAAUCAUCAUCGACGUACAAGCUCGGGACCAAAGAUCGGUCCGUCCGGGGAAGGUAGCUUCUCUGCAGCUGUCUCAGGACAAUCACAGAGGAACUAUGAAUACAAACAUCAUAGAACGGCAUCAGUUCCAAAAUUUGGAGAAUGGGAUGAAGCAGAUCCCACAUCGGGUGCAGGGUUCACUGUGAUAUUUAACAAAGUGAAAGAGCAGAAGCAUGCACCCCCAGCUUCCAAUUCUACAACCGUGGCUCAAGAAGUUAAAACCAUGAAUGACUCGGAUCGGCAUCACAGUAAAUGCCCAACUCCAUGGGGAUCAAAGUCUAAGAUAUGUUGUUGUUUAUUUUGA